AUGAAUAUUCUUACCGAUUGUAAUGUCAUUUGGCUCGACGACAAAAAUAUAGAUUGCGAAGAUUUGGGUAUAAACAUUCAAUAUUAUGUGAAUUUUUCUCUUUAUACAUUUACUGAACUUCACGUAUGUUCGUCAUUUAUUCUUCAUUGUACAUCCGAAGUUCGUCUACUACUCAUUGUCAUAAGAGACCACUAUGUUGAUGAGCUCUUAAAAAGAACUAUUAUACGCCUAUCUUCUCAAAUCACUGCUUUUAUUUAUAUUCUUGGUGAUAAAUGGUUUUUUCGCUGGCAAGCAGAUACUCGUGUCCGGGGUAUUUUUCAUAUAGAUGAAAAACAAAGAAUCAUUGACACGCUGAGAGAUGAUUUAGAAAGAUAUUUCAAUCAACGGUGGUCGUUUGGUGUUUGUGUAUUUAGUGAUGAUACUCCACAAAGUGCACUCGAUCAAUUGAAUAAUGAAAAUGCUCAAUUCAUGUGGUUUCAACUACUUAUUCAAGUGCUUCUUCGAAUGCCUUCAACUGCAAGAAGUAAAGACGAUAUGCUACAGCAAAGUUUUCUUCUCUACAAAAAUAAUUCUUCAAUACGAAAUAAAAUUCAUGAAUUUAACCGAACAUAUCAAGCUAAAGAUGCGAUCGAUUGGUACACAAAAAAUACUUUUCUUUUUCGUCUUUUGAAUCAAGCAUGUCGCACUGAUGACAUUGAUCUUUUAUUCAGUUUUCGCUUCUUCAUUCGCGAUUUGCAUCAUCAACUUAAGGAAGUUUAUUAUGAACAGCGGUCAAAACGUAAUCCGCAACAAACAAUAAUUGUCUAUCGAGGUACAGUCAUCUCAAAAGAAGAACUCCAAAUACUUCAAUCCCCUACAAUCAAAAAGAAAAUAGUUUGGUUCAAAACAUUCAUGUCAACCAGUUUAGAUGAAAAAGCUGCUGAAAUAUUUGUAGUUAAAUUAAGAACUGAUGAUCAAGUAAGUGUGCUCGAAGAAAUACAUAUCGACGACAAGAAAGAUAUGUCAUCUGUACCAUUUGUUUUUAUAUCUAAAUCCAUGGGACCUGGUUGCGAGAAUGAAGUUCUCUUGUCAAUUGGAAGUGUAUUUGAAUUGGAAUCGAUCAAAGAAAAUGAUGAACAUGUUUGGGAAAUGAAAUUGCAUCUGGUUGACUAUGAAGAUCGUGUUAGAAGUGAAUUAAGAGCGUACCUUGAAUAUAAUAUCGAAGAGGAGACCUCGCUGAUAACAUUGUCAAACUUCCUUCUUUGGCAAGGAGAUUUUAAAAAAUCAGAAAAGUACAAUAAAAUCUUGCUUACGGAACUUUCGUCUAAUAAUUUCAUCCUACCAAUAGUCAACAACAAUCUGGGUUAUACAUAUAACAAAAUGGGCAACUUCAAAGAUGCCCUUUACUUCUUGAAUAUAUCUGUUGAUUUAUAUUUGAAGCCCAAUGCGUGUGAUCAUAUUAUUAAUUUUAAUCGCAACUUGGCCUGUGCCUACAACAAUAAAGGUCUUGUUCAUCGAAAUCUUGGCGAGUUUGAUGAUGCUGUAAAAUACAUCAAUAAAAGUCUUGCUUUACGUCUUGAUAAUGACACUUUACCUGAUGAAGAGCGAAAACGUUUGGCAAUUGAUCGUUCAUAUUGUCAUGAAAAUAUUGGUCUUCUUUACGGAGACAUGUGCCAAUACAAGUUAGCUAUGCAUCAUCUAGAAGAAACACUUGCUAUUCGAAAGAACAAUUUACCCACCAAUCAUCAAAUGAUGGCUCAAAUAUACAACAACUUGAGCAGAAUUUAUAACAUUUUAGGUAAUCCAUCGAAGUCUUUCGAAUGCAUCGAGCAGGCACUUACUCUUCAAAUUCAAUCAUUGUCAGAAAAUCAUCCACAUCGAGGUACGAUGUACAAUACGCUAGGUGAAGCAUACUAUCGCCAAGGGCAAUAUUCAAUGGCUUUAUUGAAUUACGAAAAAGCCCUCAACAUAUAUCAGCAGGCACCUACGCGAAAUUCUCUGCUUGAAACAAUAGCUCGUAGCAAUAUAGGUACAGCCAUGAAAGCCAAAGGAGAUUUUGAUGGAGCCCUACAAGCAUUUUUAGAUGCGUUCUCAAUAUUAGAAAAUGGGCAGCCACAUCAUCCUAAUGUGGCUUGUGCUCUAAAUAAUAUAGGCUUUGCUUAUAGGGGGAAAGGAGACAUUCCAACAGCCAUAGCUUAUUAUAAACGAGCACUCGAUUUCUGUAAAUUGUAUCUGACCGAGAACAACGAAGUAACGGCUAUCACCUAUCUUAGCCUAGCGUCAGAAUUGAUAGACAAUCAGUAUGAUUUGGCGAUGGAGUACUUUCAGAGAGUGAUUUCGAUAUAUGAUCACAUCGGCCUACCACAUCAUCAAAACAUUAUUAAAUGUCACACAUUUCGCGGUCAACUUUAUCGUAAACAAAAUGAUCAUCAGUCCGCAUUAGUAUGCUACCAAAAAGCGAUUUUUCACUGUGAAAACGCUGCACUCCCACAACAACAUAUCUUAUGGGUUUUUGCUUAUACAAAUUUAGCUCAUGAGUUCUAUCUGAUGACUCAGUACAAUCGAGCAUUAGAAGAAUAUGAACAUGCUUUACAACAUAUAAAUCAAGACGCAUCGGAAAUACCACGAAUUUAUAAUGCCAUGGAUACUUGUCGGAGUCAAUUAAUCGAAUUAGAUGUUCGUCAAACAUUAAUACUAAUGCUUGAUGACGUAGAGAGACUACUGUAA